AUGGAAAUCUCGAUUGUGCAGCCAACCGGCAUUCCGUCAAAAGAUCUUGCAGUUCAAACCCAGGAUAAAAAGGAAAGGACUUUACCGGAGCCUGAAAUAAACGACAGAACCGCAACGGGAUCACAGGCAUGGAGUUUGACCAAACAAAUUGUUCAAUGGAUACUCGACAAAUGGCUAGUAAUAGGUAUUGCUAUAGCUUGUAUCGUGGGAUACUUUGCGCCUAACGUGGCAAAGCCUCAUGGCUAUAUACACUCGGAGUGGUCUAUCAUAUACGGCGCAGUUGCUUUGAUCUUUUUCGUAUCAGGCCUGUCAAUUCAGACUGAGAAGCUUCUGGUUCAUUUUUCGAACUGGCGACUGCACUUCACGGUUCAAGGCCUAUCAUUUUUGUUAAUCCCAACGGUUUUCUUCUGCAUCGUCCUUAUAGUGGCAAAGUUUGGAGAUAAGGCUGUUUUCGACCGCCAAAUUCUUACAGGAAUGAUUGUAACAGGGUGCAUCCCGACGACGUUAAGUAGCAACAUCAUAAUGACCAGGCUCUCGGGCGGAGACGAAGCUGCAGCUUUGGUAUCUGUGACCGUCGGCAAUCUCCUGGGGCCGUUUAUAACCCCGAUCCUUAUAACGAACGUAUUCUGGCCAACGAUGGACCGAUCUUUUGAUGCCGUCCGCCCAGCAAGCGAUCUUCAGCAGCUUCGAGCUUUGUAUGGAGAUGUGUUUAAGCAAAUCGGGCUGACAGUUCUCUUACCACUUACGAUGGGCCAACUGAUCCAGGGUUACCUUGGGUUUGAGAUAACAUCAAAAUGGGUGAAAAAACUUUUUCUGAACAGAAUAUCAACUUUUUGUUUAACGCUGUUGGUCUGGACGGCAUUCUCCUCUUGUUUCGCGACGGGCUCUCUCCAAAAGAUGCCAAAGGAAUUCCUAGUCUUGGUGAUAUUUGUGAACAUCGGACUUUAUAUUUCAUUUACAUCGCUCUGUGUUCUUCUAUCAAAAGUCCGAAUUCCAUACCCAUCCUUCAAAUGGCAGGAGCGAAGGCUUCAUAUGAGUCGGUCUCAGAUACUCGACCGGGGCGUUUUUAUUGCAAUAUGCUUUUGUGCUCCAGCCAAGACCACAGGGUUAGGAUUGCCAAUCGUGACCGCCAUGUGGACGAGAUACCCUGAGGAAAUGAAAGCGAAGAUACAAAUUCCAGUUGUUCUGUAUACUAUAGAGCAAAUUUUUAUCGCACAAAUGUUGGUUUGGUGGUUCAGCAGGCUUAAGAAGGAUCAGGAAGAAGCGGAGCGGGAAGUUGCGGCGGAUGCAGGGCGAACCCAAUAA